GCGAUCGCGGCUUCUAUAAUUUCCCAGAAAAUUAUACAUUUUAUAUUUUACAAGUUGUUUGACUUAUUCUAUUAAAAUUAUUGUUUGUUAUAAGUGUUUUGGGCGAAUUAAAACUUAAAUUUGCACGACGUCAUGUUGGGCGACGAGGGAACCGGUUGGGAUGACGGCAUCAAUUACAAAGCCAUAUCAUGUGAAAAAAUACCUGAUCUUUUUUUGGACAAAUUGGUUGCCAAAAAUCACUUUAGUAAAUUUGGAAAAAUCGCACGUUUUAUAUUACGUCCAAGUCGCCAAAGUUGUACGGUGGAAUAUGAGACGGAAGCACAAGCUGAGCGCGCAUUGGAUCAGGCCGGAGAUUUCAAUGGGCAAGAAUUUCAAAUAGAAUUUGCAACCCGUGAGGUAGCACAUGUACAAAAUACAGAAGAAUGGGUUAAUCCCGAAGUACAAGCUGAAUUGGACGCAAUGGGUUUGCGUCAAACUGUACCUACAUACAGACCGCCAGCUACGGCAAUGUUACCACCGAUGAAGUCAAUGCCACCACGUACACAAAAACCACCUUCACAAUUUGCAAAUGCGGGUGUAAAACCCCCAAAGUCUGCUUCGGCAACGGAAUUACCAAAAAUUGACAAUUCGUUGAGACAAGAAUAUGAAGCCAUUUUACGAAGGCCUGCUUACACCGACGAAGAAAAAUAUCGUGUUUUGGAUGCGCGUGACAAAUUGAUGCGUUUGAUAAGGCCACGACAAACAGAUAUCAAAAAAGUUGAAAGAACUAAAGGUAUUUGUCCUGACAUGUGUCCCGAAAAAGAGCGUUUAAUGCGGGAAUUCCAAAGACAAGUUUCCACAUUUGAAAUGUGUGCGGAAGAUGAGGAAAGCACAUCCUCUAUAUCACAUCGACGUGCCAUCAAAGAGUAUUCGCGCAGUAGCGCUGAUCAAGAAGUGCCACUGGCACAUGAAUUACGACCCGAAAGCGUGCUACAAAUGACCAUGCUGUACCUGAUGCACCGCAUUUUGGACCUCUGUGAGGAUCCACAAACUUCAAUCGCCGACUGGUUUCACUUUGUAUGGGAUCGCACCCGUUCCAUUCGCAAAGAUAUCACACAACAGGAACUUUGCUCAUUAGGUACGGUAGAAUUGGUUGAACAAUGUGCGCGCUUUCAUAUACACUGUGCCGCGCGUCUAGUGGCCGAAGAGCCGUCAGUGUUCGAUAAAAAAAUCAAUGCUGAAAAUUUGACAAAAUGUUUGCAAUCCCUUAAAUACAUGUAUCAUGACUUGCGUAUCAAGGGUGUACAUUGCCCAUGUGAGGCCGAAUUUCGCAGCUACAUAGUCUUGCUGAAUUUAGGUGACUCUAAUUUUCUAUGGGAGUUGAAGCAACUGCCCACACAUAUACAACAUUCAAGUGAAAUUAAGCGUGCAAUUGCUUUUUACAAUGCCCUACAAAACAACAACUACGUACGCUUCUUCAGUAUGAUACGCGAAGUGGAAACGUCAUAUUUGAGCGCAUGCAUUCUGCUUGGCUACUUCAAUAAAUUGCGUUGGCGUGCUAUGGAGGCCAUUAAUAAAUCGCACAAUUGGCGAAAAAAUGCUAUUCUCCUACCGCUAACAUAUCUAACGCGUAUACUUGGAUUUGAAGACGAAGAAGCGGCGGCGCAAUAUUUCGCAUAUCACGGCUUAAAAUGCGAUGGUCAACGUGUAGUGUUGGAUCGCCUCAAGCGACCAGAUGUGGAGUACUCCAUGGAGCGUGCAUUGAAUCUGGUCGAGUCGAAGCGUACUGUUAGCGUUGGUGAGUGCGUUUGUGGGCAUACGCUUGAACCUGUACAUAUAUUCGAAAGUCAUACACCACAUAACAGUUUCGAUGACAAUGGUAAUCUUAAAUCAAUUGCCUGGACGGCGGAAGAUCAAUUGCGUGGAGAGGCGGCAGAAGCACGCAGAAAGGAACGUGAAUUAGAAAUGCAGCAACAGCAAGAGAAGCAGCAACAACAGCAGCGGCAACAACAACAGCAGUAUCCACAGGAAACAUUAAAAAUACCGAAACGUCCCGACUCUCCUGCCCUCACACAACCACUUUCUGUUGCCGCAGACACAAGUCUCUUUAAAGUGCCACAACUCGCGUCGUCCAUUUCACCCAAAUUUCCAUCGAAAUUUAAGACUCCACAGCUGCCACAAAAACACUCCGAGCCGUCUAUUUUUAGUGGUAGUCAGUUUGCCGAAUCUAAGCCAAAAGCACAAUCAUCAGCCUUGACAAAUUUCAAAUUUGAAGCACCACAAAACUCAAGCGGUAGUAGUAGUAGUGCUAACAUAUUCGGCGCGCCAGCAAACGAUGUUAGCAGCUCGCUCUUCAAAACACCUGCCGCUACUGCUAAACCGGCCAGUUCGUUCGCCGCUGGCAUCAGCAAUUCUAUAUUUGGUGGAAAUGCAGCAACAACUGCGACAGCGUCAGCCUCUACUGGCGGUUUUAUAUUCGACACUGUCAAUAAGAAUACGAAUGCCGAUAACAUAUUUGGUAGCGCAGCAAAAGCGACUACAAGCAUUUUUCAGCAAGCGCAGGCACCAAAGCCAGAACCCUUGCAAAAUGACACCGUUUUCCAGCAUUUCAACAUAAAGCCAGAUUUCGCUGGUUUUGCAGAUGCGCCACAGCCCUUCCAUGACACUCCCCCGAAACCAUUUGUGACAACGCCACCGUCGCCCGGUAGGCAGACAGUCAAACAGUUAGCUGAGGCUGAAGCCAAAGCAGCAGCUGCUAAAGCCAAAGCAGAGUUGGAAAAGCGGCGCAAUGAGGAGGAGGCCGCAGAAGCAGCAAAACGACAGCGCGAAGCAUUGGAGCAAAAGCGGCUGGAUAACUUAAGGCAGUUGGAACAACGGGCCGAGCAGGUUUGUGCCGCUGAAGUGGAGAGCAUCAUCGCAGCGCAAGUGAAAAAUAUUGCACAAACUGAACUGCUAAAAUAUCAAAAGUUCGAAUGCGAUUGUCAAAGUAUAGCUGAAACAUUGCUUGAACAAUGCAUAGCCAUGCAACUGGAGCAGUUGGCUAACGAAGAAUAUGCCAUGAUGUGCCAUGAUCAGCUCAUGCUGAGUCGUUACUUUGAACGUUGGCUGCGCUACACACGGAAAAAGCAAAAACAGCGCGCACUCAUGGAGUCCACACCCAUAUGGGUGACAAUGGACACGCGUGCCGAGCAAACCGCCAAGUUGAUGCAUCCAAAAGAGGCGGAAAAUUUACGUAUGAUCAAACGCUAUCGUCACGGAGAGCCAUGCAAUUUCGAGCUACUGCUGUGGCAACAUCCCGAGACCCUAUCACGACCUCAUGCCACCGUUGACAUAUUCGAGGUGGUGCGUGCACAUUUGACGCACAAGCAGAGUGUAGUGGUGAAAGGCGGACAUAUGCAACAAAAUAAGUAUUUUAAGCUGCUGCUUACGCUGCCCAAUGACAGAGAUGAGUUGCCCGGCUUCGAGAGUUUAUGCAACAAAUGGCUUCAGAAACAUUUGCGACGCAACAACAACGUCACGGAGGAGGUGCAAGUGGUGGAAAAAGAAGCACAGUGUAAAGAUGCUGAACAGACGAGUCCAUACAUUUGCGGUGUGGAGCGCGAUGUGGCGUUGUGUGUGAGAAAAGUGAGCGGUAUACCGCCGCUAAACGAGAGCGGUCAAGUCGUUCGCAACGAAUGUGACAACAUGGAUGCGAUUAUCUGCUUCAUGGUCUGUGACAACAUACAGAGCACGCGCAAACGCAUACACCAUUUGCUCAAACUAAGCCGAAUGCAUAAGGCUGUGCCGGUGGCUUUUGUCAUCUACGAUGGACAGUACACGGAUGAAUUGGAGCUUAGUGAUACGUUGGAAAUGGAGAGUUUAGUGAGUGCAGGUCAAGUGUCGGCGUACAAAUUCUUUGGUUGUUUGCAGACAAAAAAUGAAUUCUCUUUCGUCCAUCUUAUGGGGCGCGCUCUGCGUUUUGUGACGCGUGAGAAUCGAUUAUCCAACAAAGAAGCCGAUGUUUUGCAGAUGCAAAGGCUGCAGAGUUGGCUGGAAUCGUGUUUGGGCGAGGAAAUGUGGCAACGUUGGCAAUUCUCCUCCGAACAAAAUCCCUCAUUCGCGAAAAUCUGUAGCACGCCACAAUAUUUGGUGGAUUUGUAUAAUGAGGCGGUGCAACGUGUGAUACAUAUGACCACAGUUGAUUUCAGUGACACGCCAGAGUUUCCCGAUGAAUUGCGUAAAUUUGUACCCAAGCUAAAUGUGGACAUACCGCUUGGCUUGGAAUAUUUUCCCAAAGACUGGAAGUCUCCACAGCGCCAACAACAGAUUUCACAGUUUCUACAACGUUUAUUACUGGCACCCGUCACAGACGCACCUAACUUCAAGGACGUGGAAGAUUGGGAGCUGUGGUUGUUAAACUAUGCGAGCGCAUGUUUACCGCACGAUGAAGAAGCUGCCACUUUGGCUAGCUAUCAAGCCAUCAAAGCACUCAUUGAACAACUGAAUCGCGUUGACUUGGAGGAUGUCGCUAUACCAACACGCUUUCAGCUAAUUAAUUAUUUAUCUAUUAUAAAAGCAAUUGCCUACACACUGAUUAACGCUGUGCUUAAGGAUUACAUUGCAAAUCCAGACGCGGACUCUUACAAAUUGCCCAACGAGAUUGUUUAUCAUCAACAAGCGCUGGAAGAUUAUCAACUUAUGCCAUGGUGGUUGAAUAACGAAGCUGUUGAAGCAGUGAAAAUGGAUUAUACAAUGGUUGAAGCAGAAGAUACCAGCUCGCAAGAUAGGGAGUCAGUCGAUGAACCCGCUGUGAUGAACAGCGAAAUGUUGGAUGAAAUUAUAAAGCAAGCCGAAGCGGUGUCACGCAAAGCGGAGCAAAACUUUUAUUCAAUAAAAAAGCAAACGCUCAACGCGGAUACAACGGUGUUAUCACGUGAUUUGGAUGCUAGCAUUUAUCAGUUCGAAUUGGCAAAACAAAUUGGCUCGUAUGAUGCCUCUUUCAUAUCAAAAUUAGAUGAAAUCGAUAAUGAUUUAGAGGGUGCGGUUGGCGGUGCAGAUGAGAAAGUGGUUAGUUGUACCGAUGGUGAUGAUGAUGGCGUAAACAGUGCUAGCAUAACGUUAGUAAGUCGAAAACGUAAACAUGCGUCGGCUGCCGAAAGCGGCGCCAAUGAUAUAGAAGCGGUUAUGGCACGCGCUUUCAAUGUUAUUGAGAAGGUCGAAGCGGAGCAAGAUCGCGCAGAACGUUUGCACAAGAUGGCUAUGCUGGAUUUAUAGUGAAUUUGAACAAAAGUCUUGAAGAUUUUAUUGGCACAUAAUUUGGACAGUAUUUUUUCGCGAUUUUAACAAAUGACCAUUUGGUAUAAUAACAUGUUUGCUUAUACAAAACAUUAGGGAGCGAAAUAUAUAAAUUUAGAUGGUAUAAUUUUA